AUGGGGCUUUAUAGCAUGCCAAGCCCAGGAGAGGCUGGCCUCCCUUUUGCUCUAUUGGCUAAAGCUUUGCUUCCAAUAGUACUGCUGAUGGGUGGGGUGAGAUGGGCAAUAUUUAAGGUGAUGGGCUUUGAUGAUGGUGAUGAUUGGCAGGAGGAGGAGACAGUGGAGCCAAGGAUGGUGAGUAGGGCAGGGGUUGGGGUUCAUGUGACCCGGUUUAAGUUUUUGAGGCAGAAGGAUGGUGGAGUUGGGGAUUGCUGUGUGUGUCUCCAUGGGUUUGAAGGGGAGGAAGAGGUGAGCGAGGUGUUGGCUUGCAGGCACUACUUCCACAGGUUUAGAAAGGCUUAG